UUUGUCCCAUAUGAAGACAGAAUAAUGCACAAACUCUUAAAGGCGCCGCUGGCCUUCAACGGAUUUGGUCGGUGUUUGUUAACAGAAAAAUGUUUAUCUGCUAUAAAAAUAAUAAGCCGAGGAUUAGUUUGUACACAACAUAGGGACGAUUUUGGCAAGGAUGAGGUUUAUGAUGUUAUUAUAUCCGGGGGAGGGAUGGUUGGAUCUGCAAUGGCAUGUGCCAUAGGUAUGGAUCCAAAUUUGGUGAGUAAGAAGAUUCUGCUGCUUGAAGCGGGUAACAAGAAAGUGAUAGACAAGGUUCCAGAAACGUACAGCACCAGAGUCAGCUCCAUCAGCCCAGGCUCCGCCACGCUCCUCAGUGGUAUUGGAGCAUGGGAACACAUCACAAAGAUGAGGUGCAAGCCAUAUAAAAAGAUGCAGGUUUGGGAUGCCUGUUCAGAUGCUCUGAUCACAUUCGAUAAGGAGAACCUGCAGGAGGAGAUGGCAUACAUCGUGGAGAACGACAUCGUUGUGGCUGCACUCACUAAACAGCUGGACAGUCUGUCCGAUAAUGUGCAAGUUAAGUACAGGUCCAAAGUGGUGAAGUAUAUGUGGCCCAUGCCCCAUCUCGCUGUAGACUCCAUGCCAUGGGUCCGGGUCACACUGGCCAACGGAGAGACUCUGCACACCAAGCUGCUGAUUGGUGCUGAUGGACUAAACUCAAUGGUCAGGGAGGAGUUAGGGAUACCCACAGUCAAGUGGAAUUAUGACCAAUCUGCUGUGGUUGCUGUGCUGCACCUAGCAGAGCCCACAGAGAACAAUGUCGCAUGGCAGAGGUUCCUCCCAACAGGGCCCAUUGCAAUGUUGCCGUUGUCUGACACGGACAGCUCCCUAGUGUGGUCGACCAGUCAUGGGCUCGCAGAGGAGCUGCUGGAGCUGGACGAGGAGAGCUUUGUCGACGCCAUCAACUCUGCAUUUUGGAGUAAUGAGAACCAGUCAGAGCUGAUUGAGACGGCUGGCUCUCUGUUCCGUGGUGUCCUGUCGGCCAUCAUGCCGUCUGUAGGUUCCCCUAGACAGCUCCCUCCAAGUGUGGCGGGGAUUGGCCCAAAGACCCGGGUUAUGUUCCCACUGGGCGUGGGUCACGCAUCAGAGUACAUAAGGCACCGUGUUGCUCUCAUUGGGGAUGCAGCCCACCGUGUCCAUCCUCUAGCAGGUCAGGGAGUCAACCUGGGCUUUGGGGAUGUGGCUUGUCUCACACAGCUCUUGAGCCAGGCAGCCUUUAACGGGAAGGACCUGGGAGCAAUACAGCACCUAUUAGCAUAUGAAACUGAACGGCAGCGACACAAUCUGCCCAUGAUGGCUGCCGUCGACCUCAUGAAACGCCUUUAUUCUACGAAUGCUGCUCCCGUGGUUCUCCUACGCACCUUCGGUCUGCAGGCCACCAACAUGCUCCCAUUACUAAAAGAGCAGAUCAUGGCAUUUGCAAGCAAGUGAUUCAUCCAUUGGUUGAUCUCCUGUGACUUUAAAAGCUUGUAAAAAUUUGAAUGUAAAAUAACUAAAAU